GGGUGUGGAGAGAAAAGAAUAUGGAAAAUCAAGACGCCGGCCGGGUGCUGCUCCCCGCGGAUGUGUGUGUAUGCCCCGGGUAUGUGAGUGUUUGUGCCUGGGCGUGCGAUUUCGUAGAGCGCCUCUCUGCCUCUCCAGUGCGGCCAGAGCUCGCUUCGCGCACCCACCCCUGCCGUGGAGCCUACUUGCUGCAGCCCAAUGCAUUGUGUAAGACGCGACCUGUUAUGGCCACCACUACUUCCGGGUUCUAGCAUUCUGGUCGGAAUCCACCUCUCCGCCUGUGCAACACACACUUUACACACGCACGGGGACUGCAAGCGGGCAGCAUCGAUCGUGGCUCCUUUAAGACAAACUCAGACAUUUUUUUUUAACCCUCCUCCUCUAAUCUCCCUCCAGUGCUGCAGUUGCAAAGAGAGAGAGAAAGAGAAAGAGAGAGCGAGAGAAGAGAGAAACUGAUUAGGAAUUAGGACUGAUUCAAAGAAAGCGAGCGCUAGGGCUUUGUGCAUUUGAAUAUUAACAUUUGAGGUGUUCUGACCAGAAGAAGACAGAGCGGAUGAUCAUUCAUUCACCACGUUGACAACCUCGCCUGUGAUUGACAGCCGGAGUGGCAGAAAGCCAUGAGAUUUGGUAGUUGAGUCUGAGGGGCGCUCUUUUUUUUUUUUUUUAAACUGAAUUUUUGGGGAGAGAAGACCUGCUUUUCUCUUUUUUUUUUUUUUUUUUGCCCCCGCUGCUGUCUUGGAAACGGAGGGCUUUUAUGCUCAGUGACUCGGGCGCUUUGCUUCAGGUCCCCUAGACCGAAGAUCUGGGACCGGUAGCUCACGUUGCUGGAGACGUUAAGGGAUUUUUCGUCGUGCUUUUUUUUUUUUUUUUUCCGGGGGAGUUUGCGUAUUUCUUUCUUUUCACACUGGCCUUAAAGAGGAUAUAUUAGAAGUUGAAGUAGGAAGGGAGGCCGAUGGCGCAAAGGUACGAAGAUCUACCCCAUUACGGGGGCAUGGACGGAGUGGGCAUCCCCUCCACGAUGUAUGGGGACCCGCACGCUGCCAGGUCCAUGCAGCCGGUCCACCACCUGAACCACGGGCCUCCUCUGCACUCGCACCAGUACCCGCACACAGCUCACACCAACGCCAUGGCCCCCAGCAUGGGUUCCUCCGUCAAUGACGCUUUAAAGAGAGAUAAAGAUGCCAUUUAUGGACACCCCCUCUUCCCUCUCUUAGCACUGAUUUUUGAGAAAUGUGAAUUAGCUACCUGUACCCCCCGCGAGCCGGGGGUGGCAGGCGGGGACGUCUGCUCGUCAGAGUCAUUCAAUGAAGAUAUAGCCGUGUUCGCCAAACAGAUUCGCGCAGAAAAACCUCUAUUUUCUUCUAAUCCAGAACUGGAUAACUUGAUGAUUCAAGCCAUACAAGUAUUAAGGUUUCAUCUGUUGGAAUUAGAGAAGGUACACGAAUUAUGUGACAAUUUCUGCCACCGGUAUAUUAGCUGUUUAAAAGGGAAAAUGCCUAUCGAUUUGGUGAUCGACGAUAGGGAAGGAGGCUCCAAAUCAGACAGUGAAGAUCUAACAAGAUCAGCAAAUCUAACUGACCAGCCCUCUUGGAACCGAGAUCACGAUGACACGGCAUCUACCCGUUCAGGAGGAACCCCGGGCCCUUCCAGCGGUGGCCACACAUCACACAGCGGGGACAACAGCAGUGAGCAAGGUGAUGGCUUGGACAACAGUGUAGCUUCCCCCAGCACAGGUGACGAUGAUGAUCCAGAUAAGGACAAAAAGCGUCACAAAAAGCGUGGCAUCUUUCCCAAAGUAGCCACAAAUAUCAUGAGGGCGUGGCUGUUCCAGCAUCUAACACAUCCUUACCCUUCUGAAGAACAGAAAAAGCAGUUGGCACAAGACACGGGACUCACCAUUCUUCAAGUGAACAAUUGGUUUAUUAAUGCCCGGAGAAGGAUAGUGCAGCCCAUGAUAGACCAGUCCAACCGAGCAGGCAAGUUCCCCAUAGUGACUGUAUUCAAGUCACGCAAGCGAAAGCCAUCCUCAAACCAUUCACCGGGAGGUCCGUUACCUGUAAGUCAAGGAACACCUUAUAACCCUGAUGGGCAGCCAAUGGGAGGUUUCGUAAUGGAUGGUCAGCAACACAUGGGAAUCAGAGCGCCAGGGCUGCAAAGUAUGCCAGGGGAAUAUGUAGCUCGGGGUGGUCCAAUGGGUGUGAGUAUGGGACAGCCAAGUUAUACCCAACCCCAGAUGCCCCCCCAUCCUGCUCAGCUGCGUCAUGGGCCCCCCAUGCAUACGUACAUUCCUGGACACCCUCACCACCCAACAGUGAUGAUGCAUGGAGGACCGCCCCACCCUGGAAUGCCAAUGUCAGCAUCAAGCCCCACGGUUCUUAAUACAGGAGACCCAACAAUGAGUGGACAAGUCAUGGACAUUCAUGCUCAGUAGCUUAAGGGAAUAUGCAUUGUCUGCAACGGUGACUGAUUUCAAAUCAUGUUUUUUCUGCAAUGACUGUGGAGUUCCAUUCUUGGCAUCUACUUUGGACCAAGGAGCAUCCCUAAUUCUUCUUAGGGACUCUUAAAAAGCAGGAAAUAUCAACCGAAGUCAAUUUGGGGGACAUGCUAAAUAACUAUAUAAGACAUUAAGAGAACAAAGAGUGAAAUAUUGUAAAUGCUAUUAUACUGUUAUCCAUAUUACGUUGUUUCUUAUAGAUUUUUUAAAAAAAAAUGUGAAAUUUUUCCACACUAUGUGUGUUGUUUCCAUAGCUCUUCACUUCCUCCAGAAGCCUCCUUACAUUAAAAAGCCUUACAGUUAUCCUGCAAGGGACAGGACGGUCUGAUUUGCAGGAUUUUUAGAGCAUUAAAAUAACUAUCAGGCAGAAGAGUCUUUUCUUCUCGCCUAGGAUUUCAGCCAUGCGAGCUCUCUCUCUUUCUCUCUCUCUUUUCCUCUCUCUCCCUCUCUCUAGCCUGGGGCUUGAAUUUGCAUGUCUAAUUCAUUUACUCACCAUAUUUGAAUUGGCCUGAACAGAUGUAAAUCGGGAAGGAUGGGAAAAACUGCAGUCAUCAACAAUGAUUAAUCAGCUGUUGCAGGCAGUGUCUUAAGGAGACUGGUAGGAGGAGGCAUGGAAACCCAAAGGCCGUGUGUUUAGAAGCCUAAUUGUCACAUCAAGCAUCAUCGUCCCCAUGCAACAACCACCAUCUUAGACAUCACUUCCUGUUUUAUGCAGCUCAAAAACAUAGACUGAAGAUUUAUUUUUAAUAUGUUGACUUUAUUUCUGAGCAAAGCAUCGGUCAUGUGUGUAUUUUUCCAUAGUCCCACCUUGGAGCAUUUAUGUAGACAUUGUAAAUAAAUUUUGUGCAAAAAGGACUGGAAAAAUGAACUGUAUUAUUGCAA